GAAAAAAUGGGAGCCACUUCCUCUUUAUUAGAUUCAAAUCGCGUAGUCUUGUCCCUCCUGCAUCUGCAUGCAUGGUGACGGAUGUCAACGUUCCAAUUCGGUUUGAUAUGAAACCGUGCGAUCGUCGUGGUUGCUCCAGGAUCGAGCGCUCCGUCGUUGGUGCUAGAUUCCGACCUCAAGUUGCCAAGAAGCGAUGCAGGCAAGCGUUGCGGUUGCGGAGGCGCUUGAUGCUGGGAAGCUCACGCCUCAGCCAGUCGCCGGUGUGGCCGACUUCGUGGCCGCCGGUCUCGCCGUGGCCAUUGGCACACUCGCCGUCGCAGCGUCGUUCGUGCUCGUCUCCUUCGACGCGCGGGCGGGGCAGGGCCAGCUGCGUCGCAUCCUCGACCUCGGUCCGUCGCUGUGUGGUCCACGCUUGCUGCUCGUCUUCUUUGUGGGGCUCCUGGCUGCCGCCGAGAUGCUCCGCCUCCCGUUCUUCCACAGCGCCAUGCUGCCGCCGCACCGCCACGUCAUGCCAUGCCUCGCGUACCCACUCGUCGCCCACGGCAUCGCCGAGCCAGGGCUGCUCGCCUGUGUGCUCCUGCUGCUGCGUGCGUCCGUUGGCGGCGCGCGGCUGCCGGCGUCUGCGCUUGCCGUGCCGCUCGCCUGCUUGCCAUUCCUCACCGCACAUAUUCUCGUGCUCGCCACGCCGGCCACCGUCGCCGCCUACCCAGGCCAGCUCGCCCACGCUGCGGACGGCAUUGGGCACUGCGCGUAUCCGGCGUAUGCCGCCACGCUGCUCCUCGCCCUCGUCGCGGUCUACCUGCCGUUGCUCGCCACCGCGUGCUGGGACGUCGCAGCCGUAGCCAUCAACAAGCGGCUGCGCGCGAGGGCGUAUGCGCUCUCCGUGCUCAUCCUUGUGCCACUGCCGCUACAGGUGCUGGCGCUCACCCUGACCUCGGUGUGGGACAUGCACCAGUACACGUCCCCCACCGUCGGCCUGGUUGGGUUUGUCGCGGUGGCGGUAGCCGCAGAGGCAACACUUGUCAUCCUCGUCAUGCUGCCGGUUCACGAUGCUCUUGUCCUUGUCCAGAAGUUGCCGUCAGCGACCACCGGGCUAGAGGAGACACCUGAUGACCCUGGACGAUGACCAAGGAAAUUGCAUUGCCCAUACAAUAAAAAAAUUUCCACGGGGAGAUCAGUAGAGAUGUAAUGUAACUGACAUAGUUGAGGUCACUUUUUUUUUCUUUCGUACAUAUCGUAUUUUGUAAAUUACUCCUGUAUAUGUAAGUAUACACUUAGCAUACACCAACUGUACAUUUUUUAGUCUACAAUAACAAUUACUCAAAUGUACAC